GGCCGCCUUACCGAACUGCCUCUUCGGUCGUCCAAGGGCAGUCCGUAAGUGUCCUCGCGACGCUCCCACCAACGCGGCGCGCUUCUGGCCGCGAACCCACAUCGCAGGGCCCGGCCGCCUGGACAAGCGGAUUGAGUUGGCUUGAGGCCAUGCGAUGGACUUCCUCCCAAGGCCGGCCAGACUGGGCGCCGAUCCGGACCGCGCCUGGCGAUGCGCCCCGUGUGCGCGGGUAUGGCCUCCAUUGGCAGCCUGUCGGUCGGUCGUCCGUCGCACGUGGGCGCCAACAGGUUCCCCGACCUGCUCGAUCAUCACACGAGCUGUUAUCUCUGUUGGCAAGACAUCUGUCGUUUCUUUACCGCGGGAGACAAAGACCGGGGACACCACGUUGCUCGUGGUAUAAGACAUGGCGAUGUCCGGCGCAGGGGGAGGCCCCUCCCCCGCCAAAGGAGCACUCAGUCAGGUGCCACGGGCUAGGGUCGUGCAGUCUCAUAGAGAUUGAUAAGCCCAAGUGAGAUCGAUAUGGCCCUUGUUCGUCCCCUCACGUCGAUAGCGGCGGCCGCGUGCUUGCUCGCUGGCGUGGCCAGUGCCGGCGGCUUGAAGGACAUUGAUCAUGUCGUUCUCUUCAUGCAGGGUAUGAAUCCUGCCCUACCGGACGACACGACAUGUCUUCGCAGGUGACUGACUGACAGCUUCUACUCCCGCCAGAAAACCGAGCCUUCGACCACUACUUUGGCACCAUGGCCGGCGUCCGCGGCUUCAAGGACGCCAACUUGCAAAUGAACGGAAAUGUCCCCGUCUGGAAGCAGAAGACGUCCCCGGCAUUGACCACCGAAGCCGACUACGUGAACCCUUGGUACCUCAACUACCUCGGAGGCAACUGGCCGGAGGCGACACAGUGUAUGGUCGCUGGAAGUAAUGGUUGGUAUGAGAACCACGCCGCCUGGAACUUUGGCUCCAACGACCACUGGGCGUUGAACAACACGCCCUGGAGCAUAGGCUUCUACAAGAAAGAGGACCUUCCCACGCAGUGGACGUUGGCCGAGAACUUUGUCAUUGGAGACAUGUAUCAGGAGGCGAUUGUCGCUGCUACCAACCCGAACCGCGUGACAUGGGUUUCCGGUUCCAUCAAUGCCCCAGGCUCGCCGCAGAAGCCGGACCAAGGCGGCAAUCCCUAUAUCGAUAACAACGAGACUCCUGGCUGUGAGAAGGGGGGCAUCAACUGCUAUCCUCUGAAAUGGAAGACCUCUGCGGAGUAUUACGAGGAUGCCGGCGUGUCGUGGCAGGUCUUCCAGGAUGCUGACAACUUUGACGACAACCCAUUUGCGUGGUUCAAGCAGUUCCAGGAUGCUCCUAAAGAUUCGUCCCUUUAUAAGAGAGGUAUGAAAGGAUUGCCUCUAAAUACAUUUUACGAGCAGGCCGCUAGCGGCAACCUUCCCGAGGUGUCUUACAUCGUUGGCCCCAUGCAGCUGUCGGAGCAUACACCCUACUCGCCCCACGACGGCGCCUGGCUGCAGGAUAAGAUUGCCCGUGCUGUUCUCAACUCUCCUAAAUACAAAAAUACGGUGCUCAUCAUCUCCUACGACGAAACCGGCGGCUGGUGGGAUCACCUCGACCCAUACCGGUCUCCGGACGGGACGCCUGGAGAGUGGAUCGAUGACCCCUGGGGACAGGUUGGACACACCUUUAUUGGCCCGGGUUUCCGUCUUCCGUUCUACAUCAUUUCGCCCUGGACCAGAAAUGGCGGCGUGUACACGGAGCACAUCGAUCACAACUCGCAAAUCAUGUUCAUCGAGAAGUGGCAGGAAGCCAAGGGCCGGAACGUCACGACGGACGAGAUGGUGCACUGGCGACGAGAGCACAUGGGCGACCUCGUAAGCGCCUUCGACUUUGCCAACCCCGACUACAGCGUUCCCAAGCUGCCCUCUGCCCCCGAGCCUCACCGCAAUGCCAACGGGGACUAUGACGGCUCGUCCUAUUGCCAGUCCAGGAAUUCCAAGACUCGCCCGCCCGUGCCCUACUCUGGCGACGGCGUGAUCAGGGACAUCGCCAGCGUAGUGGAGCCUGGCUUCAAGGCCGUACGCGGCAAGAUCACGGAAGGGCGCUACCUGGUGUUUGAGAUGGACGGCUUCGCGUUGACCAACCCAGGCCGCUGCCGCCCCGACGGCGGCGUGACCGUCACCAAGGUCUCCAAGGGCCACGCGCGCGAUCUACAGCGAUGGGUCGUCCACGCCGUGCAGAUUGGUGGCAAUGACUUUACCCUGGAGAGUGCCGUCGACAAGCGCUUCAUCUGUGCGGGUGGCAAGAUGUGCAAGGACAAACAGGACGCCGUCGUCUUCACUCUUGGCUUCGAGCCGAGCAAGGGCCACACCAUCAAGUCCAAGGCGUCGUCCAAGUACGUAUCGGUUGAAGACAAGAAGUUGACACUGGAAGGAUCUCUGAGUCACUGGGAGACCUUCAGCGUCACCUACUGAGGGAAAUGAGGGGAGUCGUCUGUGAUGGCGAAGGACAAUGCCUGGCCAAAAUGCGGGCGCUCGCCAUAGGAGAAAAAUGGCGCUGGGCGAGACACGCCACGCCCAGGCGUUUCGGCUUGAGGUUGCUGUGCGCGACUAUGAGCAAUUGGGCAUAUAGGUGAGGGAGCACAUAGUAUGUAUAUACAGAGCUCAGAGUAUUUAUCCAGGCCCAACCGCGCAUCGCGGGUGAAUGCUUAGC